UAAUAACUACGGGGGGCAACGUCAGGUGCUUGGAACGCCAGAUAACCUUUGGAGCGAACAGACGUCUUGCGCAUGGAAGGCAGGGCACUUCCUGGUUUUUCCUCAGUUAGUUUCUUGCUUGCCAGAGUGCUUUCUAUAUUAAGUAAUGAGGGAAAUUGGCAUCCACCCACCUAACUAAUAGGUCUGCACGUAUGUACAUUUCCAUAUGAGACACAGGAAACAUCGAAACCAAGUGGUUUUGUAGUUUAACGAUGGACUCGGUAAUUCAAGCGUGAAUAGUGAGACACAACAAGGGGUACUGCUAACUACCUCCACGCUAGCAAGGAUAACUAGCUAGUUAACGUAAGCUAGCUAAUUAUGUACAACCAGCUACGAUUUACUGUUGUCAAUAGCUAACGUUUGCGUGACAGACAAUCAAACCGAGUAACGUUACUCUUCUCUGAAAACUAUUCCCUCAACCAGGAAAGAGCAGCAUGCGGCGAGAGCUGCAUCCAUUCUAGAAUGAAGAAGAGCCCGGCGCACCGUUGCAGGGACAUCGAGAGGCAAGCCGGUUACCUGCAGCCCGAGCACUGCGCCCCUCCCCCGACCUGCCCCCGCUCCGACGCCAUUUGGUUCAUCCGCGACUGCUGUGGCAUCGUGUGUGGCAUCAUCACCUGGUUCCUGGUGUUCUACGCUGAGUUCGUGGUGCUCUUCGUCAUGCUGCUGCCCGCCAAGAACCUGCUCUAUAGUCUAAUCAACGGGGCACUGUUCAGUACCCUUGCCUUCCUCGCCCUGGCUUCGCACGCCCGGGCCAUGUGCACAGACCCGGGUGCGGUGCCUAAAGGGAACGCGACCAAGGAGUUUAUCGAGAGCCUGCAGCUCAAGCCCGGUCAGGUGGUCUACAAAUGUCCCAAGUGCUGCAGUAUAAAGCCUGACAGAGCUCACCACUGCAGUGUGUGUAAACGCUGUAUCAAGAAGAUGGACCACCAUUGCCCAUGGGUAAACAACUGCGUAGGAGAGAAGAACCAGAAAUUCUUUGUGCUUUUCACAAUGUACAUUGCUCUGAUAUCCCUCCAUGCCCUGGUCAUGGUGGCCUUCCAUUUUAUCUUCUGCUUAGAGUCAGACUGGACGAAGUGCAGUACAUUCUCUCCUCCUGCGACCGUCAUCUUCCUCAUCCUUCUCUGCUUUGAGGGACUCCUCUUCCUCCUUUUCACCUCAGUGAUGUUUGGGACCCAGGUCCAUUCCAUAUGUACUGAUGAGACGGGCAUAGAGCAGUUGAAAAAGGAGGAGAGAAGAUGGGCUAAAAGGACAAAGUGGAUGAACAUGAGGGUGAUAUUUGGCCAUCCGUUUUCUAUAGCCUGGCUAAGUCCCUUUGCAACACCUGACCACGGGAAGGCAGACUAUUACCAGUACGUUGUCUGAGAGAGGAAGCCAAGCUCCAGCACCCAUGCUACCAGCCUGUCUUUCAGGGUGCGGACUGAUGAUACGUACAGGCGAUAGUGUUCCCACCGCCUGACUUCACUGAGUAUAAACUCUUCUGACACUUCUUCUCCUUUUCUGUUUUUGAUCAUUUUUAAAUUUCAGGGUCUUCUUCUUUGUGAAAAAAAUCUUUAUCUGCCUGUUUUUAAUACUUGUCACCUAUUUUGGUUUCUUUCUUUGCCUGGUGCUGAUUUUGAUAUCUGUAUGAAAUAUACGUUAUUUUCCAUUCUGUUCACAAUCACAGCCAAGCUCUGCAAAACCAUCAACUGUAAAAUGAGUCUCUGCUUUUCUCACGUUUACCAUUAAAGAAAGCACCUGCUGAUGUAACCUGGCCAGAGCCUGUAUCUGACGUGGCUAUAAACUGGGCUUUACCUUUGGGAUAGAAAUGGAGACGCUCUUAAACCCAAAGUACAGUAUUUCCUGUAUUUGGUCAUGUCCUGUUUGAGGACUAGGCAUAAACAAAGCAAACGCAUGAGCUGAAUUCAGAUUGGCUUUUCAGUGGCCAAAAACAAUCAGUUCCAAUAGGCAUAUUUUGUCUUCCAAUGUUGCAGUACCUUAGCCUAAAUGGUGUAAGCUAUAGCCUUGGUGCCAGUGCCACACUGUUGAAGUACUACCGACCCACAAGGCAUUACAUUUGCUUUUUAGACCAGCCAAAUCUUUUGCUGCAUUCUGCAGAUUCUUUAAGCUGCUCCCUCUAAGCUGUGCGCGGCCGCGCACCUCCUCCAGGACUGCCGCACAGAAGAAAUGGCAGGCCGCGCAGAGACUGGAGAGAUUGAACUUCACUGAGUUCGCCCCAUUAGUUUGCACUAUAUAGAUCAACGUUUUUUCUGUGAUCUAAUCAACAUUAUAAACUGGUUGGUUCGAGCCCUGAAUGCUGAUUGGCUGACAGCCGUGGUAUAUCAGACCGUAUACCACG